AGUUGCGCCGCGGCCGUGGGGGGCGUCAAUGGAUCGCCAUUCCAGCUACAUCUUCAUCUGGCUGCAGCUCGAACUCUGCGCCAUGGCCGUGCUGCUCACCAAAGGUGAAAUCAGAUGCUACUGUGAUGCUGCUCACUGCGUGGCGACCGGCUAUAUGUGUAAAUCCGAGCUGAAUGCCUGCUUCUCCAGGCUUCUCGAUCCUCAGAACACAAACUCCCCGCUCACCCAUGGCUGCCUGGACUCUCUCGCAAGCACAGCAGACCUCUGCCAAGCCAAACAGGCCCGAAACCACUCUGGCACCGCCGUGCCCACAUUGGAAUGCUGUCACGAAGACAUGUGCAAUUACCGAGGGCUGCACGAUGUGCUCGCCCCUCCCAAGGGGGAAGCCUCAGGACAAGGAAACCGCUAUCAGCACGACGGCGGCAGGAACCUGAUCACCAAAGUGCAGGAGCUGACUUCCUCCAAAGAGCUGUGGUUCCGGGCGGCCGUGAUCGCCGUGCCCAUCGCCGGUGGCCUCAUUCUGGUGUUGCUGAUCAUGCUGGCCUUGAGGAUGCUCCGGAGUGAGAACAAGAGACUGCAGGAUCAGCGGCAGCAGAUGCUGUCCCGUUUGCACUACAGCUUCCACGGACACCAUUCCAAAAAGGGGCAGGUGGCCAAGUUAGACUUGGAGUGCAUGGUGCCCGUGAGCGGCCACGAGAACUGCUGUCUGACCUGUGACAAGAUGAGACAAGCGGACCUCAGCAACGACAAGAUCCUCUCACUCGUCCACUGGGGCAUGUACAGCGGGCACGGGAAGCUGGAGUUCGUAUGACGGGGUCUGACCCCAAAACGAAGUUCUUGGACGCUGGAAGGCUUGGGGUUCUGCUGGACAGGAGCACUUUAUCUGCAGAAAAAGGAACUCACCGAAUCACCUUUGAGAGACGGAAUGACCUCUGCAAACAGAAUCUUGGAUAUUUCUUCUGAAGGAUUAUUUGCACAGACUCUUAAAUACAGUCAAAUGUAUUAUUUGCUUUAAAAUUAUAAAAAGCAAAGAGAAGACUUCGUACACACUGUUACCAGGGUUUUGCAUCUGAGCGAGCUGGAAUUGAGUACCUAAAUAAACUAAAAUGUGCUCUGUGUAAGCUCCAACAUCUUGAUUUAUUGUAAAGAUUUAAAAAUAUAUAUAUAUAUA